AUGAGUUCACCAGAGAUAGAGGCAAGUGGUUCUUCUGAAUCAAAAUCCGGAUCUUCCAGUCAAAAAAACCCUUCCCGUACACCAACAUCAUGGGACGCAGAAGAUGAUAUACUUUUAAUGCACUUGAAAGACAACCAAAAAUUGGGUUGGAAAGAGAUAGCCAGUAAUUUCACUAACAGAACGCCCAACGCAUGUCAAUUUAGAUGGAGAAGAUUGAAAUCGGGAAAUUUGAAGAACCCUCCAAAAUCAGCAGCAGCUUUAGGGGCUCAAUUUAAACAGAAUCCUAAUAUGAAUUCUGCACCAAAAAAGAAAAAAGCCACAACUAAAAAUAACAAAAGUACAACUGAGUCAUCAGAUAAUACUACCGAAAAAGAAACCAAAUCAGGAAAAGUUUCAAAAACACCAAAAUCCAGUGGUCCAACAAAUAAUGGUUCAAAGGGGAACACUCCUAGCAGUAGUAGUAAUAGUACAACCAACAGCAAUAACUUUACUUAUAAUCCCAUGACAACUGGUACUUUUCAAGGGUUUGACAAUAAUAUUUCAACAGCAUUGGCCGGAUUGAAUGCUUUGUCCAACUCACCAUCUUAUAUUUCUAAUUCAAGUCCUGCUACCCCUAAAGGUUUAACAUCGCCAACUAUAAACGGAAGUGGUCCUCACCAUAGCGGUAAUCCGAAUUUGGCUCAUAAAUAUGAGGCAUCUCCUGCAUCGGAUAGAUCCCUAGAUCAACGUCGUCGGUCAAGUGUAACUGGUUCAGUAUCUGGUCAUCGUAAUAGUAAUGGUGGGUACUAUGUUGACGUUUCGGUUGAUCCAACCAUGAAUUUACCUCAUAAUAAAUCUCACCCAACAACUCCAUCAUCACUAACUCCUAGAAAUUCAACUUCUGCUGGUGAUAAAGGUUCCAAUUUUACUCAUCGAGGUUCGAUAUCUGGAGUUGCCAAUAUUUCGGCCCUACGCAGCAACUCAAUAAUACAAAUCACCACAGACGAAAGAGGUUCUAUUCUGUCAAUGGGUAGAGCGUCGGUGUCUUCAUUACCUUCAAAGUCGAUGAAUAUACCACAUCAUCAACUGGGUAACAAUUCUUUAGCUCAUUUGCCUGUUUUAUUUGGUGGCACGGGCAGCAUUAGUGGGCCCUCCAGACAUUCCAGUGUUAGUGGUGGAUCUGUUGGUGGUCAACAAACUACCCUUCCUAGUUUGAGAAGUGGUAGUGUCGUUGGGUCCAACAUUGGAUAUUUUUCUCGGUCCGGCUCGGUCGUGAUACCACACACUGCAGACAAAAAGGAAGAAGAACCAUUCAAAUUUGACAAGGAGAGAUUAGAGGCCAGUAAUAAAAAAUUACAAAAGAUACGGCGAAAUAUGCCGCCAUCAAGGACCAAAACAAAAAGGAAACCUGGUACACCGAUCCCCAAAUUGGAUAUACCAUGGACUAUGGAAGAGGAUGAGUUGUUGAUUAAUAGACGUAAUCGUGAAUUGUCAUUUGCAGAAUUAUCAAUUUUGCUACCACAAAGAACGGAAGGAGAAAUAUGGACCCGUAUAGAUUAUUUGGAGAACUUGAGAAAUGGUGGACAUAGAUCAGCAAACUCAAGAGACCUGAGACGAGCACGACAAGAGUCCAUAGGGCUUGGUGAUGUAGAUGGAUUUUAUGAUGACGACGAUGAUGAUGAUGAUGAUGUUCUUCAGGUAAGCGAUGACGAUGAUGAUGAAGUAUUAGUUGACGUUGAUGAUAUUCCACAUCCAAGAAAGAAAAAAAGAAGAAUGAGUUCAGCCGUUAAUCCUUUAUCAGUCAGAGGUUCAAUUAGAAAGUAG